AUGCAUGGCCGAGCGCCAGGCAAAGCAGAAGGGGUGGCGUACCGUGGGUCUUUGCCGAAAAAAGAAGACAAAACCCUUUUUGUCUACCGCUUCGUCUGCACUGCGUGGUCGUAUACGGUCCCCAAGUUUCAAAGAACUACUAUAGAAGCAGCAAUGGUUGCAGCUGUGGGCUUGCGCUUGGCAGCCUUGCUUUGCGUCCUAUGGGUCCAAUCAGCCACUGCCGGAUGGGGCAAAGGCGGCAAGGGCAAUUGGGGCUCAAAGGACUGGCAUGGUGGCCGGUGGGGCCAUGGCAAGCACCAGUGGCAGGGACAAGUGAACUCUCAGUCUGGCAUCGAAACGGGGCUCGCAAUCGCUCAGUUCUUGGAUGAAAAAAAGCGCCGGAAGUCUCGCCGCAGAGAUUCGUCUUCCGACUCCUCAGCUGGUUCCUCACCGCAGCAUCGGCGCAAGGACCGAAAAAAGCAACCUGCAAAGGGAAAAGUCAACCAAGAGCUGGAAGAACUCCGGGCAUUCCGUGAUGCUGCCAUGAAAGAGAAAGCAGAAGCUGAACAAGCCAAAAAACUGAUGGAACUCGAACAGAAGCUGCGAGCUGAGCUUCUGGCUGUGGCAACUCCACAAGCUGUGAAGCCAGACAGUGCCCGUGCCAUUUCGCAAGUCAAGUUAUCAGGACUCCAGAAGAAGCUUGCCCAGAAGGUUCUGACUGACCACGUGGAUGAGUCUGCCUUUGAAUCUUGGGACGUUUUGUCCCGUGCCGUCCAAGAUUGUGAAAGCCGAGUAUUGGGCACCAUUUUGAAGGAUGAGUCGUUGGCAACACCUCGGUCCCACAAAGAUCGUGCUAGCGCAGUGCUCCAUCACCUGCAAGAUGUUCUGGAAAUUGAGAAUUGA